CAGAUCCAAGUUUAGAGGCAUUCCGGCGAUUGAUAAUACGAACCCUCAAACCCCUGCCGCGGGCGGUAACUAUAUGUUCUUGGGUGCUCGAGUCCCCGUUGUGUGACUUUUUUUCUUCUUCGUUCGUACUGUUCUUUAUUCCCUCUUUCUUCCGAUUCUCUAUAGAAGAGAGGUUGUUGUCGUGACGUUGCUGGAUCUCGAGGUUGUCGUACUCAGCUACUUAUCGCUCCCCAGCACGGUCGUACAAGAUGAGCCCCUCCAACCUGUCGAAUGGCAACGCUGCUAUCGAUACCCCGCCACGACCUCCUACGCCAGAACACAAGUUUGGUACUCUGGCCGUUCAUUCGGGUGCUCAUCAUGAUCCAACGACGGGAGCAGUGAUCGCACCUAUUUCUCUAUCCACGACCUUUGCGCAGUCGGGGGUGGGCAAACCUGUUGGUGCUUAUGAAUAUACGAGGAGUGCGAAUCCCAAUCGGGAUAACUUCGAACAGGCGGUAGCAGCCCUCGAGCACGCGAAAUACGCAUUGGCUUUCUCUUCUGGUUCUGCCACGACUGCGACUAUCCUCCAAUCCCUUGCCGCUGGAUCUCAUGUUGUCUCCGUGUCGGAUGUGUAUGGUGGGACGCAUAGAUACUUCACGAAAGUAGCUGCGGCGCACGGGGUCCAUGUCACUUUUUCGCCAUGCAUCGAGGUCGAUGUCGAGGGUUUGAUCCGUCCAAAUGAUACAAAGUUGGUGUGGAUCGAGACACCUUCGAAUCCGACGCUAGGACUGGUCGAUAUCAGAAAAGUGGCGUCUAUUGCUCACCAACAUGGCAUCUUGGUGGUCGUCGAUAAUACUUUCAUGAGUCCCUAUAUCCAGAACCCGCUGGAUCACGGUGCAGACAUUGUUGUUCACUCGGUGACUAAGUACAUUAAUGGCCACUCUGACGUCUUGAUGGGAGUCGCUGCUUUCAACUCCGACGCGCUCAAGGAACGCCUCAGUUUUCUUCAAAACGCCAUCGGAGCCGUCCCCUCGCCAUUCGACUGCUGGCUCGCUCAUCGUGGUCUGAAGACGCUGCAUCUGCGCGCGCGAGAGGCCACUAAAAACGCAACGACCGUAGCUGAGGCUCUGGAAGCCUCUCCUCUUGUGCAGUCUGUCAACUACCCCGGGCUUAACUCGCACCCUCAGCGUGCGGUCGCUCUUAAGCAGCACCGUGACGGCAUGGGUGGUGGAAUGCUCAGCUUCCGUAUCAAGGGCGGCCACGAAGCUGCUGAGCGUUUCUGUCAAAAUACACGCAUCUUCACUCUCGCGGAAAGCUUGGGAGGUAUUGAAAGUCUGGUCGAGGUGCCCUCGAGUAUGACGCAUGCAGGUAUCCCGAAAGAACAGCGCGAGGCUGCGGGUGUGUUUGAUGAUCUUGUCCGCAUGAGCUGCGGUAUCGAGGAUGCAGAUGACCUCAAGGCGGAUGUCCUUCGAGCCCUCGAGAAGUCGGCUAUUGUCCCGAAAUCCGAUGCUGCAAACGGACAGUCGUAAUGCCUGUUCAGGCGUUCAACUUUACUUACUCAAGGCGUUUUUAUGUGGAAGUUCACGACUCUUAACUAGAUUUCUCAAAUGAUACACCCUUAAAAGCCAGUGGAGAAGGACUGCGCUAGAAGG